AUGGUACGGUCCUCCGAGUCACAUGAGAUAAAUUUCAAGCCUGGACAACUCUGGGGCAAGAGCAAGGACGACUUGAAGAAACAGCUCGACGAGCUCAAGGGCGAGCUCGUUCAACUCCGAGUCCAAAAGAUUGCCGGUGGCGCUACUUCCAAACUCACCAGAAUACAUGACCUCCGCAAAUCGAUCGCCCGCGUUCUCACAGUCAUCAAUGCCAACCAACGACACCAGCUGCGCCUGUUCUACGAGAAGAAGAAGUACCUCCCUCUCGACCUCCGACCCAAGCAAACCCGCGCUAUCCGUCGACGAUUGAGCAAGAAGGACGCCAGCAGAGUCACUGAGAAGCAGAAGAAGAGACAGACGCAUUUCCCACAGCGGAAAUAUGCUGUCAAGGCGGAAUAG